AUGCCGACGAGUGAGACGCCAACCACCGUGCCAGGAUCGUCGACGCCGACGCCAUCAACCGUACCGGGACAGGCGACGAAAAUGCCGACAAGUGAGACGCCGACCACCAUGCCAGGCCCGAUGACGCCGACCACCAUGCCAGGUUCAUCGACGCCAACGCCAUCAACCGUGCCAGGCCAGUCGACGCCGUCGCCGACGAGUGAAUCGCCGACCACCAUGCCAGGAUUGUCGACGCUGACAUCAUCCAACGUGCCAGGCCAGUCGACGCCGACGCCAACGAGUGAGUCGCCGACCACCGUGCCAGGCCCGAUGACGCCGACGCCGACGAUUGAGACGCCGACCACGGCGCCAGGAUCGUCGACGCCAUCGCCAUCAACUGUGCCAGGCCAGUCGACGCCGUCGCCGACGAGUGAGACGCCGACCACCGUGCCAGGAUCGUCGACGCCGACUACAUCCAACGUGCCAGGCCAGUUGACGACGAAGCCGACGAAUGCGACGCCAACCACCGUGUCAGGUUCGUCGAUGCCAACGCCAUCAACCGUGCCAGGCCAGUCGACGCCGUCGCCGACGAGUGAGACGCCGACCACCGUGCCAAGCCAGUCGACGCCGUCGCCGACGAGUGAGACGCCGACCACCAUGCCAGGAGUGUCGACGCCGACACCAUCCAACGUGCCAGGCCAGUCGACGCCGACGCCAAAGAGUGAGUCGCCGACCACCGUGCCAGGCCCGAUGACGCCGACGCCGACGAGUGAGACGCCGACCACGGCGCCAGGAUCGUCGACGCCAUCGCCAUCAACCGUACCGGGCCAGUCGACGACAAAGCCGACGAGUGAGACACCGACCACCUCGACGCCGUCGCCGACGAGUGAAUCGCCGACCACCAUGCCAGGCCCGAUGACGCCGACGCCGACGAGUGAGACGCCGACCACCGUGCCAGGAUCGUCGACUCUGACCACCGUGCCAGGCCCGAUAACGCCGACACCGACGAGUGAAUUGCCGACUCGUUGGCCAACGACUGUACCCGACCCGUCGACAAUGGUACCAUCGUCGACACCAGAUACGUCUCAACCUCAACCGACGUCAGUUGGACCAUCAAAUUUGCCGACGACCGGUCCGAUCACAACUGCACCGUCGACGAAUGUUGUUCCAUGUGUGUCACCGCUGCCCGCACCGACAGCUUCGUCAUCACCAACAUCGAGCGCGGCGAGCCCAGUCCCCACCGAGAUUCCGCUGGUGGCCCCAAGUCCACCGCCAGCAACGAUGUCCCCAAUUCUCGAUAUACUGCUGACGGCGACGACGCUCGCUCCGUCGACGACCACGCCGUUGUCCGAUACGGUGGAUGAACUCUUGCUGCAAACAAGUCCUCCGUCAUCUGUACCUCCCGUUGUUACUGCUGCGCCGGCAGUCGUCGACCAGCUGUCCCAACUGAGUGAUCUUGGCACAACGGUGCCACCAGCGACGGCCGUCAACAGCACGGUGCCGCGCAAUGAUCACAGCAAUGAGUUCAGUCGCUCAAGAAUGGCCAAGGUGGACGCGCAGGCACUGGCAGCGCUCACGGCGGAGACAUCAAUCGGCAACAAUGACAUGCCGUGGCUGCGCCCACUAAUCUCGGCGGUUCUUGGCACGACUGUGCUAUUGCUCGGGUUUUUCCACUUUCAAGCGAUCCACCCCGAGUCCGUGGCGCCCGAUGCGUACGCUGAGGCGCUAUGGCAGCCGAACUCGUGGGAGCUUCCGCUUUUUCUGAGCGCACUCCAGCACGCGGCAGUCCUCGCGCUCACCAAGAACAACAACCGCCCGCAACUCGUCUACAUCCGGUUUCUCGACAACUUCAGCUGGAGUAUUUUCCUCGUACCGUCACUCUCAGCCACGCCCGCGUCGUCAACAGCGACAACCGUGUCCACAGCAGUCUUGAGUCGCCGCCUCACGUCGUAUGACCCCUCUGGCUUUGUGCAGUUUGCGCUGCGGUCCGGCGUUCGCGAGCAAGACUGGUUUGUGCGCUUCAUGGCCACAGUACUCUGCGUGAUUGCACUGCUGCUGCUGGUCGUCGUUGCAACGGGGGCGUGGGCGUACGUGGCAUCGCGCGCUGCCGUUGGAUACGACUCCGAGAGCGCGAGCGCCCACUCGCGCUAUGUGCAGCUGCGGACGCUCUCGCACCAGUGCCUCGGGCUUCUGGUUGUAAUCGGGUUCUUGGCCGUGAUGCCGCUCGUCUACAUCGCUGUCGUCGAGAUCCUUCAGGACGGUUCAACAUCGCUGUUGUCGUCAACGAACAGCCUCCUUGCCGUUGCGACGCUGCUGCUCUUGCUUUUCAGUACCGUCGUCCUCCUUCGAUGGCUUCACCGGCAGUCGCGCAUCGCCCUUGCCAAGUGGCGCGUUCGCAUCGUCUUUGGCGUUCUGUACGUCAAUAUGCAGUACGACCACCGCUGCUUCGUCGGUGCAGUUCUCAUUCUCGAAGCCAUCGUCGCCGGCAUCGUCGCGGCACUAACGCUCGACGGCGUCUCGCAACUGCUUGCGCUUAUCGUCGUCCACGGUCUCUUCAUCCUCCUCAUCUUGCACCGGCGUCCGUUCCCGAGCCGAGUGCAUUUGCACGCUACGCUCGGCGUCGAAGGUUUUCUACUGGUUCUCUACGGUCUUGGUGCCGCCUUGAACAUGCGCAUUACGAUCCAAACGCAGCUCGUCCUUUCCUACACUGCCGUGUCACUCAUCUCUCUGGCGGUUGUCGGCGUUUGGGUCCGGCAACUCGUGCUUCUUGCAAAGUACGCUGGAUGCAGUACCAACAAGGCAGCGCCAACGCGUGACGAUGCACUCCUCGACAUGGGCCAUCUGCCUUUAACGACGUCGCGCGGCCGGCGUCGACCACCGGCAGCAACACUCUAGAUGUGAAAAGCAAAGCCAUUUAUGUCUUACGACACGAAAUAGAUGCGUCCAGUAUCAUGUCAGAA